UUUUUCAAAUCGCAGCAGAUUAGGGCGAGAGUUUCGAGAAAGACAGACCUGAAACGUCUGUGUUUGACGAUAGCUUUGCCCAAAAAGAUCUCGGAGAAAUAAACGUCCUGAGAAUCUCUUUCUAGUCGCGCGAUAACAUGACCAACGUUGAAGGAUCAAAUCUUGACUUUCCCUCACAGAAUUCGGAUUUUAAAAAUUCAGAAGCUGCUCAUUUUUAAUUGACUUCUGUGUAUAUUCGUCUACUGUAUCAAUUGUGGAUAUAUUCUUUGGUAACUUUUAAUUGUGUCUGUUUGCGGUGGACUUCGCGGAGUUGACUAGAUCACGUUUUACCGUGGAAGUGUUUUAAUAACUACUCAAUGUAAAAAAAUAUACAAACAUGAAUAAGGUAAAGAAAUUGUACUUUAUUCCUUACGAUCUAGCGCCUUAUCAAAAAUGGCAGAGACAAGAACUCGGAAUAAUACAAAAAAACAAUUACAAAGACUAUAGAUUGUUGUUAAUUGCGUAUUUUCUGGUUACAAUUUCUUCAGUUAGUGGGCAUAAUAAACACGAUAAUUCUUUCAUUGAUGUUAGAGGAAAUGAAGCUGAAUUGCAACUUGUUCCCAGUAGCAAUUUUCCCAUAGGCGCUGGGCGUAAGCAUAUAUCACGCUUAUUUUCAAUGAGGCGACACCGACGAUCAGUAUAUAACAAUUUGAGGUUUCUCUAUCCACAAAGAGAAACACAUAUUUCUUAUGUGCCAACAGAUUUUUCCAAAUCACCAAUGACCGGAAUGACAACAGUCAGUUUGCAAGAAGAAAUGAGCUCCAGCAAACGACCACGUAUCAGUUUGUAUCGUAGCAGACGAGUGUUGGACAGUAGUUAUUUUAUGUCCGACUCAGGUCAACUCCCAGUGGCCAAAAGGGCUAAAGACAUGUUGAGAUCUAACGGCGAGUACACAUUUUACAAUGAUCAUCCAACAGACGAUAGUGAAAACAGGAAACCGACCAUGUACAAGGAGCUGACGGACCAAGUUCUUUUGCAAGCAUACAUGGCAAAAAGUCCUUGUCAUCAUACAAAGCUGCAAUGGGUUAGAGACGACAGGGAAUGUACCGUUUUCUUUGUUUGUGCCAGAAAUAAGGUUGCUGCUGUCAUGUCCUGUCCGAAUAACGAAGUCUGGUCCAACAGAGUGACCAACUGUGUACCUCUAAAAUCUAGGUGGGACGAUUGUUUCAAUGGGAAAGAAAAUAAUUCCAAAGCUCUUCUUUUACAAGACGGCAACGACGACUUUAAAAAGCAAGGUUCAAAUCAAUGGGCAUUCUUAUCAACAACCCAAUCCCCUUCAACAAUUGAUCUAUCUAGUUCAACAACAACAUCGACAGAGGUUCCCAUUGUUGAACUGACCAGUUCCUGGGGGAAAGAAGACGAUCCGAGGUAUCACCCAGAGUUCAAUCCAAAAGAUUUUCACGGCAUUGGACGCCAAUUUAAAACAGGGAUGCGACGAGUGAACCCUGCUUUUCGAGACAAGCUCGGCAAUUACGCCUCGCCAAAGACCACAGAAACAAGUUCCCAGCAAAAUGAUGGCCAUGUUGAGUUGAAGCAAGUGACUAGGUUUUACGUCAAACGGAAAAUUAAACAGUCCUCAAAGCCAACUACUAAAAAAAGUCUCAGCAACACCAAAAGCCGUUACUGGACUCGUUUUGGCGAUUUAGUACAAACAACAUUAAAACCUUUACAAAAAACAACAGGUGCGGAGAAAACAGAAACUACAACCCAGGCGCCAAUUUAUAUCGGAACUGUGAGCCCGUCAUCUCGUAAACGUUAUCGCAUCAAUCAUCUAAAGCAACGCAAGAAAAAGGAACGCACAAAGAAACUUCGUGUUAAAAACAAACUAACAAACUCGAACAGCGCUAUACACAACAACAGUGAGCCUACCUACAAAAUUGUCCAAGAAUCAGACGACUCAUCCACACAAAUGGUUGACAUUUCUGGGACAGUACCUCAGUCAACUCAGACUAGUUGGUGGAUCGAAAUUGCAACCAAGUCGCCCAACGACUCGGAGACAACUGAACAAGUGACCAAAACAACAGAGUCGUAUAACACAACCAGUCCAACAUUCAUGCCAGAAUGUGGAGUCUCAGUAACAAGUUUGAUAGUUGGCGGCUUGCCUGCACGUCGUGGGCGGUGGCCUUGGGUUGUAUCGCUUCAACUGUCUUGGGCUCGCAGACACGUGUGUGGUGCUACUUUAAUACAUCCACAAUGGGUAGUGACAGCGGCUCAUUGUGUGGCUGGACCUGAUUUUAACAGCGCUGACGAAUGGAGAGCUGUUUUCUGGCAACACGGAUCAACACAAAGCGUUGACUAUAUUGUCAAGCAUCCAGAAUUUGUAAAUGGAGACAACUACCCAAAUGAUAUUGCUUUACUUCGAUUGGCUAAACCUGCUGAUGUAUCCAGCUUUGAUAUUCGCCAUGCAUGCCUCCCAGAAAAAGAGAGAAUCCAGCGUGAAUGGGAAGAAUGUUGGAUUAUGGGAUGGGGAGAAGCUAAAGAUCAUGUAGAAACAGAACUGAUGGAACUAGAGGUGAACAUCAGAAAAAAUUCUGAAUGUUCAGCCAGGUGGGGCUGGAAGAGAAUUCUCAACUCUCAUGUAUGUGUGGGCAAUGGAGACAGAGGAGCAUGUAAUGGAGAUUCAGGUGGUCCACUUGUUUGUCGACGCAAUGGUUACCACUACCUGGCAGGUGUGACAUCAUGGGGUGUAAGUGGUUGCCAAACAACAGGCUACCCUAGUGUGUUUACACGAGUGGCUUACUAUACAGAAUGGAUACAUGAUAUGAUCCAAAGACACAGCAACGCUACUCAAUCUGGAUUCAUGGCAUGAUUGUAGGACACAUAAUACAUCUCAGCAUUAAUUUGUAUGCAGUUACAGUUAUAAAAUAUAAAGUAGCCAAUUUUUCAAGGGGAAAUAUGUGGGGGAAAAAGAUUGAAAAUACAGGUUUUUCUACAUAUUAGCUUUGUGACUGUGAAUAAGAUAAGAAUAUGUUUAUUUUUUCUAAUAACUAGUUCAAUAGCAUUUUUAUUCUAUCUGAUAAAGUUUAAUUUUUUUCUUCUGCUGAUGCUAACUUUUUAAAAAAUCAACCAUUUUCAAGCACUAUUAAGGAAUCAUUCUGAGGGUUUCAUUUGCAUGUUUAAUUCAAAACAGGCAACUUUAAAAAUUUUUUAUGUUUAAUAAUUUUAUAGUUUGCUAAGCAAAAAAAGAAGCGGAAGCAUAAAAAUUAUUUGCCAAAAAAAGUUUAAAAUGAAUUUAGAAUAUAGACUGAUUUGUACUUUAAAAUGUGCUGUUAAAAUUUUGUUUCAUGUAUUUUGCAUUAUUCUCAAUUUAUGUAUCAUGUUUAAAUUUUUAUUAAAUGUUAAAUAUGAUGGCUGUAACUUAUAUUAUAAUCUAAAAAAGCUUUAGGGUUUCAAAAAUAAAAUUGCAGAUGAUUUUGGAGGAUUCCUUUAGAACCUAAUAAAAAAAAAAGUGUGUUUACUAGACUACUUAUUACUUUGAUGUGCCAAAAAUGGUUUAAAGUAUUUUAAAAGGUAUCAAACAGUUUCCCAUUUUUAUCCUUCAAAUUAUUAAUUAUGACUGAUAUAAAUAUUUUUUAUAAAUAUUUUUUCAUUUAAAGGAGACGGCAAGAUAUUUUUAAAUAAGAAAUCUCUUGGAAACAUUGUAAAGUUAUAUUUAUUAAAUUUGUAGAAAAUGUUAUGUUAUGUAAAUAAUCUAUUUAUUAAUGCAUGACAUGAUUUGUGAUAAAGCGGCUAUAACAGCAUUAUAAUCAGUAUUCAUCGGACUUUUGGAUUACACUUUAUGUAUUGAAAUAUAUUAGCAAAUUUUUAACCAUUAUGAAAAUAAUAAAGAUUUUAUCUUUUUAUUGAAAAAGAAUCUUUAAUUUAUUUUUCAACCACUUUUAUUUGAUACAAAUGUUUUAAAAAAAAAUAUGCACAUUCAAUAGACCUGUAUGCAAUAGCACAUAGGGGACACCCUAUAAAAAAAAAUUCUUGUUCUUAAUUGUAAUGCUGGACAGUAUUUCUUCCAAAAUAAAUAUUACAUUUCAACUUAACAUAUGCCAAGAAGGCUGUUAACAGUUGUUUGAUUUAGUUUUUUCUCUUAGAUGAAUUACUGCUCCCAGCUAUUGAGCCUCAUCUGCCCAGGGGUUUGAACUCUGGACUUUUUGGUUUAGCAACCAUGAGCUUUACCAACCCAACCACACUGACCCCUGCAUAACAGACUAAAUUUUUAAAAAGUGAUGAGGGGAUUUAAGUGAGGAGGAGGGGUUGGUGUCAUGCAGCAGAGGUUAUUUUAAUUAGCAUGGCAUUAAUUCAAUGAGUGUCUCCAAUAGAAGUUUAAAAAAUAUGUAUAUAUCAUUAAAUGUACAGUAUAUAUAAAUGGCUUUAUAAAAAAGUUGUACACAACACAUUUAUGCAUUUUUUGCUUCUUCUUGGUUCUUAAUUGUAAUGUUGGACAGGAUUUCCUCCAACACAUGUAUUAUGCGUUAUCCUGUUAUGCACCAUUUAGGCCAUUGACCCCAAUUUCAGCUUUCUUUUUUUUUGGAUUUACUUGUAUUGCCCUUGUUCAUCCAAGAACUAACUAUAAGGCAGCAGUUCAAACUCGGGACUAUUUGGCUUAGCAACCUUGAGUUUUACCUACCCCAUUUUUUGCUUUAUAUUGACAUGUUAGUGUCUCAAAAAAAUUAAAUCUAAAACUUCAAAGUUUC